ACUCAGUUUGAGGGCUUUGAAUAAACCUCCAGCUCAGUCCAGGAGUCUGUCAGAUACCGUUAGCUCUGCUACGGUCGCCUAUUCGCUCCUUCUUCUCUCCCCCUCGGGUGUGCUGUCCCCCUCCCUCCUCCUAUUAUCAUUGUUUUGUCUCUUGCUCCUCCUGCUGCUGUUACUGCAAACUUAGUCUAGAGUGAAAUUCCUGUAUGAUGGACUGCUGAGCAGCUUUUUGUUAUCUACAAAGUGAGCAGCGAGCUGAGUGCCCGACAGGACAAACGAGACAUGGGGAAGCAGAACAGCAAGCUGCGUCCUGAGGUGAUGCAAGACCUGCUGGAGAGCACCGACUUCACUGAGCAUGAGAUCCAGGAGUGGUAUAAGGGCUUUCUGAGGGACUGCCCCAGCGGGAACCUCUCCAUGGAGGAGUUCAAGAAGAUUUACGGCAACUUCUUUCCAUACGGAGAUGCUUCCAAGUUUGCUGAGCACGUCUUUCGCACUUUCGAUGCUAAUGGUGAUGGGACAAUAGAUUUUAGGGAGUUUAUAAUCGCUUUAAGUGUGACAUCACGUGGCAAGCUGGAGCAGAAGCUGAAAUGGGCCUUCAGUAUGUACGACCUGGACGGGAAUGGGUACAUCAGUAAAUCUGAGAUGCUGGAGAUUGUGCAGGCGAUAUAUAAGAUGGUGUCCUCCGUGAUGAAGAUGCCUGAGGACGAGUCAACGCCUGAGAAGAGGACAGAGAAGAUCUUCAGGCAGAUGGACACCAACAGGGACGGUAAGCUGUCUCUGGAGGAGUUCAUCAAAGGAGCCAAAAGCGACCCCUCCAUCGUCCGCCUGCUGCAGUGCGACCCCAGCAGCGCCGGCCAGUUCUAAACCCGAGGCGGUGCCACAAUCUUUCUUCUUUAGGUGACUCUACUUGCCUAAUUCUCCACCGUGGAGCCGACUGAUGAUUAAGAAGGACAAGAUAAAGAUGAAGAAGAAGCAAGGCCUUCAACCCAUACUGAGGACUUUUUGGAGAUGGAGCCUAAAUCUUCAUCAAUACCCCCAUUGUUCCCCCUCCCCCACACUAAACACCUGUGUGUUUAACUGCCUCCCCCCCCACUCCCCCACCCUGUAGGCCUGUUAGGGUGCAAAGAAGGUUGACCGUAGGUUGUGUAUAUAUGCAGUGUAAACUGGAGUCUCUGUAUCGGUGUCUUCGCUUGGCGUUCUGUUCUCCCCGCUCUUCCAGUUAGGCCCACGACAGAAGGCAGAGAUCCAGCACGCGCUGCAGGUGAGCUCAUCCAAUCUGCAGAUUGGACCUCAGCUCACAACCAGAACUGCUUCCACUUCCUUCUUAUCGACAGCAAGAUGCUUCUCUGAUAACUCGAUAGACUUUGUUUCAUGUACCGCGCUGGAACCGCCACAUCACCACGCUUACGCUCCCUGAUUCCUAUUUUAGAUUUUUUGAUGAGCAUCCCCCCCCCCUCCUUCUGGUUCCUUUUGUUUUGUUGUGUAUUUUGGCAUACAGGAAGUAGGAGUGCAGCAACAGGAAAACCCAUGUCGCUUUUCCCGGCGGUUGAGCACAGUGUAGAUAUUUUAAACGUGUUGAGGAAAUUCCAUGUAGUCCAGAACAAAGUUGUGCUGAAAUAAUAAUAAUAAUGAAAAUAAUAAUAAUAGAAAUGUUUAUUUAAAUGUUGCAGAUAUCAAGCAUGCAGACCAGAAUCUUUUAUUUGACUAAGUGAGGUGCACGGAAACAACAAAACCCCAACUCCCCCUCGAAUGCUCUCUUUUAACGUGUUUAAUGAAAUGCUGCAUGUAGCCGUUGGGUACACAGGCCUGAAUAAUAUCAACACGUUUGCAUGUGACUUAGACGCAUGUGUGUUUUUACUAUAAGUCCUUAGAUAGUCAAACUGGUUGGUCCAAACAUCAGUGUGUGUCGGCGUCCCGCCAGCAGGAGGGUUCACUCGGCUUUACAGGAUCGCUUUUUCACUCCAACACAGAGAGAGGAGGAGAGACACGUGCAGAACCCGCCUGAACCCGGGAUCCACCUGAAGCCUCCGCCCCGAGCAUCCAGAAGCUUUGAAUGUUCACAUAGUCCAGAAGAAGAAAAGACCAACAGAGAACCCGAACUAUACCACGACGAAUCGCUUUUACUGUUUUUUUUUUUUUAUAAAUGUACACUGAUAAACUUUUCUUAUAAAAGGAUUGAAAAAGAGACAAACAUGUCGGGUAUAAUAUUUUUUGUUGAAUACAAAUUAGCAAAUUGUGCCAAAUGAAAACAAAAAACAGUAUUGUAUGAAUUUAUACUGUGCAAUUGUUAUAUGUUGAACAAACUGUUUGUAGUUGUUGAAUUUUGUAGGUUUUGUAUGGUAUCCUGUAUUUUAGUGAUGGCCGUUUUUGACACACAGGAACCUCUUUUGGAUUUGUUCUUUUUUCUUUGGUCAAUUGAAAGGUAUAGAUUAAAUCUAUGGUAUACAGUGUGCACAUA